AUGAAUGUGGUUGGUUGCAAGUGGGUGUUUAGAACCACAAGGAAAGCUGAUGGUUCAAUUGAGCGUCACAAGGCUCGAUUAGUUGCCAAGGGUUUUAAUCAGGUGGCUGGUGAGGACUUCUUUGAGACUUUCAGUCCCGUGGUUAAACCGACUACGUUUAUAUGUGACAGUCGCCUGGCUAUGAGGACAAAUCUAUGCCUGGGCAUGUGUGUCUACUUCAACGUUCUCUGUAUGGGUCUCAAACAAGCCCCUCGUGCAUGGUUCACACGUUUGCAUGAUUUUCUGGUUUCUGUGGGCUUCUCGCCUUCCAAAACCGAUGUCUCUUUGUUUAUUUACUCACGUGGCAAUAUUCAGCUUUAUUUUUUGGUUUAUGUGGAUGACAUCUUGGUUAUGGGUUCUAAUUCAACUCAUGUGGCUACUCUUAUUGAUAAAUUGGCUCUUGAAUUUAAACAACGGUAUAUGAAGGAUAUUCUCAAGCGAGCAGGUAUGGUGGAUUGCAAGCCCGUUGCCACGCCAGUUUCCACCACAAAAGCCGUGACAAGUGAUGAGGUUCCGUAUGCUGACCCCACUCAGUACCGCAGCCUUGCAGCACAUGCACUCUCCUACUACGGCGGACUGGCGGCUUUGAAGAGAGUUUUACGGUAUGUGAAUGAGAUACUCAAUCUUGGUCUCAAUAUUUCCUCUUCUACCUCUCUAGAUAUUCAUGCAUAUUCUGAUUCGGAUUGGACCGGCAAUCUGGAUGACCGAAAGUCAACUAGUGGUUUCGCUGUGUUUCUGGGGAGCAAUCUUGUUUCAUGGGUAUGUCGAAAACAGCGCACCGUGGCUCGUUCCUCAACUGAAGCUAAGUACAAAGGGCUGGCUGAUGUUUCUGCAGAAGUUACUUAA